AUGCAAAAAUUGUUACUAAUUUUAUGUUUCCUAGCAUUAUCCCUUGCAGAUCAAUAUGCAGUUAUAGCUGUUGGCUCAAAUGGAUACUAUAAUUACCGACAUCAAGCAGAUGCUUGUCAUGCGUACCAAGUGCUUAUCAAUCACAACAUUCCCAAAUCCAAUAUUAUCAUGAUGUCUUAUGAUGAUGUUCCCAAUGCCCUUCAGAAUCCAUUCCCUGGCAAACUUUUUAAUGCCCCCGGAAAUCACAGCGUAGAUGUAAACGAUGGGUGUAUCAAAGAUUAUAUAGGAGCUGAUGUCACAGCAAAGCACUUUUUAAAUAUAAUCCAAGGUGAUGAAUUAGCAAUGAUAGGCGUUGGGACUGGAAGAGUUCUAAAAAGUGGCCCAAAUGAUCAUGUUUUUAUUUAUUUCGUAGAUCAUGGGGCAUCUGGAGUUUUGUCUUUUCCAAAUACUUGGCUUUAUAAUUAUCAAUUAAUUGACGCGUUUACUCAGAUGAAGGCUAAAGGAAUGUAUAGCCAACUUACCAUCUAUAUCGAAGCAUGCUAUUCAGGGUCUAUGUUCGAUGGAGUUCUUAGCUCUCCUAAAGAACAAGAGACAAUAAAAAUCCUACAAAUGUUUUCAUAUUCAUUAUUGUUUUAUUUUUAAAAAAAAAUAACUUUAAGAGGGGGAUAAGGGAAAUUUGAAUGUUUAUGCAGUUACUGCUGCAAACGCAACUGAAAGCUCCUGGGGAGCCUAUUGCCCUUAUGAAGAUUUUAUAGAUGGCAUUGAGCUUGAUGCUUGCUUAGGUGAUUUGUUUAGCGUAAAUUGGCUUGAAAAUAGCGAUUCCGCUAAUCUUACAAUUGAAACUUUAGAUCAGCAAUUUGAUAUUGCACAGAGUCUGACAAAUUUGAGCCAUGUUUCAAGAUAUGGCAAUUUCUCAUUUGUAAAUGAGACAGCAGGUGAAUUUCUUGGAAAUUUGACUGAUUCAUUGAAUUUUGCAGGAUAUGAGAAAUCUUCUAACUGGGAAAGCACAGAAAUCAAGCUUAAUUACCUUCUUCACAUGUACACAAAGUACCAAGAUCCUCAAUAUAUGGAAGCCAUACUAGAAGAGAUGGAAUACAGAGAUAAAAUCUCUGGAAUUUUUACUCAAUUGGCUUUACAUUUCGAGAUGAAAUACGAUGCAGAUCUAAUGAAUGCUGAGCUAAGACCUUUGAAUACAAGAUGCCUUGAAAAAAAUAUAAUGAGCUUUGAGCAGCAUUGUGGAAACAUUAAAGACUAUGGGCUUAAAUAUAUACAAGUAUUAGUCAACAUCUGUGAAGUUGGGAUCUCCAAUGAAGAAACUGAUAGUGCUCUCAAAGAAAUCUGCAUACUUUAA